UCUGUGGCUCUUCCUAAUAGGCACUCCGGAGGGGCUUACCACAGAGGUUUUGUUAAAGAUGUACAUGAAGAUUCGGUCACAAUAUCCUUCGAGAACAACUGGCAACCGGAACGGCAGAUUCCCUUUGGGGACGUGCGGCUGCCCCCACCCACAGACUACAGCAAGGAAAUCUCCGAAGGGGACGAGGUGGAGGUUUAUUCCCGCGCGAACGAGCACGAGCCCUGCGGCUGGUGGCUGGCCAGAGUCCGGAUGAUGAAAGGAGAUUUUUACGUCAUAGAGUACGCGGCUUGCGACGCCAUCUACAACGAAAUUGUCACCUUGGAGCGAUUGCGGCCCGUCAACCCCAGCAAAGUGGCCACCAAGUGCAGCUUCUUCAAAGUCACCAUUGCGGUCCCGGAAGACCUCAAGGAGGCCUGCUCCAACGAAAACGUGCACAAGGAAUUCAAGAAGGCGGUGGGUGCCAACUGCAUCUUCCUAAGUACCACCAGCAGCGAACUCAUCAUCCUUUCCACGAACGAGUCCACGGUCAAGAGGGCGUCUCUGCUGGGCGACAUGCACCUGCGCAGCAUCCGGACGAAGCUCAUGCUGAUGUCCCGCAACGAGGAGGCCAACAAACACUUGGAGACGAGCAAGCAGCUGGCCUCGGCCUUCCAGGAGGAGUUCACGGUGCGGGAGGACCUGAUGGGCCUGGCCAUCGGCACCCACGGCGCCAACAUCCAGCAGGCCCGCAAAGUGACGGGCGUCACGGCCAUCGAGCUGGACGAGGAGACCUGCACCUUUCGCAUCUACGGGGAGACCCCCGAAGCCUGCAAGCAGGCCAGGAGCUUCCUGGAGUUUUCGGAGGAUUCGGUCCAGGUGCCCCGGAAUCUGGUCGGAAAAGUGAUCGGCAAGAACGGGAAGGUCAUCCAGGAGAUCGUGGACAAGUCGGGCGUGGUCCGAGUGCGGGUGGAAGGGGACAACGACAAGAAGAAUCCCCGGGAGGAGGGCAUGGUCCCUUUCAUCUUCGUGGGCACGCGGGAGAACAUCAGCAACGCCCAGGCCCUGCUGGAGUACCACCUCUCCUACCUCCAGGAAGUGGAGCAGCUGCGCCUGGAGAGGAUGCAGAUCGACGAGCAGCUGCGUCAGAUCGGCCUGGGCUUCCGGCCUCUCUCCGGCCGCCCGGAGAAAGAGCGGGGGGGCUACACCACGGACGAGAGCAGCUCCUCCCUGCACAGCACCCGGACUUACGGCGGCAGCUACGGCGGGCGCGGCCGUGGGCGCAGGGGCCCCAAUCCUGGCUACGCCACCAACUCGGACGCCUCCAACGCCUCUGAGACGGAGUCGGAGAAGAGGGAGGACUAUGAGGGCCCGCCCCCCAGCGACCGGGACCCUCGCCUGGAGGACGGCCGUCGGCGGCCAGGGGCAGGGCGGGGCCGGGGGCCUGCUCCAGCCCCCCGUGGGGGCGGCAGCAAGCACAGCACCUCCUCCAUCAGCUCAGUCUUGAGGGACCCGGACAGCAACCCCUACAGCCUGCUGGAGAACACCGAGGCUGAGCAGGCCGGGGACACCGAUGCCAGCGAGUCCCAGCCGCUCAGCAACCGCCGGCGCCGCUCGCGACGACGUCGCACCGACGACGACACCACCGUCAUGGACGGGGCUCUGGAGUCCGACAGCACGUCCGUCAACGAGAACGGCACGGAGGAGGAGUCGAAGCCGCAAAGACGCAACCGAAGCAGACGCCGCCGUAACCGUGGAAACCGCGUGGACAGCUCCAUCAGUCGGGACCGCCAGCCGGUGACGGUUGCAGAUUAUAUCUCCCGAGCCGAGUCCCAGAGCCGCCAGGGCCCACCCCGCAGAGAGAGUCAGGAGAAGGCCCCCGCCGAGGGCAGCCUGCCCAAGCCGAAGGCAGAGGCAAGCAGCAAGUUGGUCAACGGCCCUUCGGAGAACGGGGAGCACAGCGCCACGGCCGGGGCGGAGGUGGAGGUGACCCCCCUGGUCAACGGGGUGUCCUAA